UUGUUGGUAGAAAAUGUACAGCUUCAUCACGUGUAAUAAUAUAUCACAACUGAUCAUAACCACCAGCGGCCUCUUUAGAAGUAGGCAGGGGUGUUUCAAUCGACCUAAUCACACCGGAACGUCAAGUCUUCUUCCGCCGCUUGGUAUGGAGCAAUGGGGUUCCUGUCACACAGCGCGAGGUAUUAGUACAUCUCCUCAUGAGCGUCCGUUGGAUCUGGUCUGCAUACUACGAACUCGAGGCUUCUCAUGCCGUCCUCGGUAUCCUGUUUGUCAUUGUCUUGCGCCUCGAUGGUCCUGAGGAGUGGCCCACACUAUUUGGACACGUCUCGCAUGCUAGCAGCAUCCGAGGAUUCUGGUCACGAUUCUGGCAUCGUCUUGCGUAUCGUCAGUACACAAACGUCGGCAAAGUGUUCUCUCGUCAUCUUCUAGGCGUCAAAGCCUCUUGCCUGGUGGAAAAGCUCCUCGUCGCAGCUUGCGUCUUUCUCAUCUCUGGACUUGCUCAUUCGCUGGUUAGCUGGUGCGCGGGUGACAAAAAGCUGUACAUGCUCGAUGCAUAUUUCUUCGUCGCCAAUUUCGUGGGUCACGUGCUCGAAGUGAUCGCUUCUCAGUUAGCAAAGUGCUUUCUGGGCAACAAGAUUUUCAAAAACAUGAAUGGUGAUUGGAAGGCCUGUAGGAAAUGUCUGGGCUUCGUCUGGGUAAUUUUGUUCUUCUUCUGGAUCGUACCGAGAUGGCAGUAUCCUCGUGCUUAUGAGCAGCUAGUCUAUGUUGAGCAGGUCACGGGGCUCUGGAGUCUUUUGUCAGGGAAUGGUUAUAAGGAAGUCGCUGUUGACAUGUGGUCCUUGUAAAUGCCUCGCUUUUGCAUCUCUUGCGACUCCAAUGUACCUUCAAAUGUGUGCAAAAAACCAUAUCAACCAAUAGCUUUGCUAGAGGUGUGUCGAAUGAGGGCACGACAAACAGUCUAGGUCGGACAUAGCUAUCUUCGCCGAAGCUUGUUUCCGCGACACAAGCCUCGAGAAGCCUUGCGAUGCUUUGUU